UAUUCGUCUCCAGUUUUGCGCUAGUCUGACCCUGUCCAUUCGACGAUUAGCAGAACGAAAAAUAAAGAAUUACUGAAAAUUAUCUUUAAUUUGACUAGAUUACUGAUUACUAUUGUUCAACAAAAAAUGUAAGGAAAGCCAGAUUUUAAGGAAAAAAAACAUUUAAGUGUUGGCAAUUUUGAAAAUUGAUUUAAGAAUAUUAUGAAAUAGUUUAGUGAAAAGUAUAACAAUUUUUAACCAGUCAUUUCAGUUACAGCAGUAAAAAGUAUAUUUUCAAUAACAGAAAGUGUCAAAUAUAAACUGCUAAAAUUGUGUAGUGAUCUACCUUACUAUAUUUUUGUGGUUUUGACAAGAGGAUUUUAAAGCUAUGAGUUCUUUGGAUCAGAAUGUUUCUAUUGAGCAGUUGAGCUAUGAAACUGAUAGAAGUGGAGGGAGAUCUGUUCUCCUGUGAUGAGACAGUAAGUCUUGUUCAGUGUGUCAGCAAAGAUUUACAUAUGGGGAAAGGCAUCGCUGCUGAGUUUAAGAAAAGGUUUGGAUGUGAGAAUGAAGCUAAAGCUCAAAAAGCUGAUGUUGGUGAGGUUAUUGUCCUGCCACAUGGACAUCGCCACCUGUUCUAUCUAGUGACCAAAACCAAAUACAACAACAAACCAACCAUGGCCCAGAUGAAGCAGUGCCUGUUGAACCUGAGGGACAGAUGUCUGGAGCGGGGCGUCACUGUACUGGCCAUGCCAGCCAUUGGAUGCGGGCUGGACAAACUCAUCUGGGAGGAGGUCAAAGAGCAAAUUGAAUUGGCCUUUGGAAAAACAGACAUUGUAAUCCGUGUGUACUUUCUUCCUGGAUUCAAGCCUAAAAAGUAAAUGUUUAUUUCUGUGAACAGUGAUGUUGAAGAAGGUAUGUAUGGAAUUUUACUUGCUGGUGUUGGUUUUCUUAUUCAUAACAAUUGACUGCUGUAAUAAUACACUGUAAUUUCUAUGCUAACAGUAACAUGCAAUUAAAUUAAUUUAUAUUGAAUUUAUAAUUCUAUAUAAUUUCAAAUCUUUAAGCUUCUUAUGACUUAAGAUGUUUUGAAUACUCACUUAUUUACUGAAAAGUAAAAAGAGACGUUAAAACGAAUUAAAAAUCAAUUACCGCCAUAAAAAUAGAAUUCUUAUGUUUUGGUUUGUAUAUAUUUGAUUAACUAUGACUGUUUAAAGUGUUGAA